GCGCGGGGGAGCAGCUGGCGAUGGCUUCUCUGAGCCUGGGGGGGCUGAGCGUGAACCGUGGCGGCGGCGGCAGCAGCAGCACCAAGAAGAGCCUGAACGCCCGCAAUGCUGCAGUGGAGAGAAGGAACCUGAUCACGGUGUGCAGGUUUUCUGUCAAGACCCUGAUUGACCGAUCCUGUUUUGAGACGAUUGACGACUCAUCACCAGAAUUUAACAAUUUUGCUGCUAUUUUGGAACAGAUUCUAAGUCACCGGCUAAAAGAGAUUUCCCAAAGUUGCAGAUGGCUGGCUCACCUCCAAAUAACUCUUCAAGGUCAAGUAACCUGGUUUGGUUAUGAAAGCCCUCGUAGCUUCUGGGACUAUAUCAGAGUGGCCUGCCGAAAGGUUUCACAGAACUGUAUCUGCAGCAUUGAGAAUAUGGAAAAUGUCAGCUCUUCAAGAGCCAAGGGAAGAGCCUGGAUCAGAGUAGCACUCAUGGAAAAACAUUUAUCCGAAUAUAUCUCCACAGCUCUGAGAGACUUCAAAACAACCAGGAGAUUUUAUGAAGAUGGAGCAAUUGUCUUGGGUGAAGAAGCAAAUAUGCUUGCUGGCAUGCUGCUUGGACUCAAUGCUAUUGAUUUCAGUUUCUGCCUGAAGGGAGAGGGAUUGGAUGGCAACUUCCCAGCUGUCAUAGAUUAUACACCAUAUUUGAAGUUUACCCAAAGUUCUGAUAGCAUCAGCAGUGAUGAAGAAGAAUUAAGGACUUUGGGAAGCAGUGGUAGUGAAAGUAGUACUCCAGAGAAUAUUGGUCCUCCUUUUAUCAUGGAUGAAAAUAGUUGGUUCAACAAGUGUAAGAGAGUUAAACAGAAGUAUCAACUUACCCUGGAACAAAAGGGCUAUCUUGAAGAACUGUUAAGACUUCGAGAGAACCAGCUGGCUGAAUCUGUUUCUCAGAACAAGUUAUUGCUUCAGAGGAUUGAAGAUUCUGAUUUGACCCACAAAUUAGAGAAGGAGCAGUUGGAGUACAUUAUUGUGGAACUACAGGACCAGCUGACUGUGCUAAAGAAUAAUGAUUUAAGAUCAAGACAAGAGUUAACUACCCACCUCACCAAUCAGUGGCCUUCCCCAGGAGCUCUGGAUGUCAAUGCUGUUGCCUUGGAUACCUUGCUUUACCGAAAACACAAUAAACAGUGGGAUGACAAAAGUUUUCAAAGUCUGGACCAGUUAUCAGCAGAAGUUAGUCUAUCUCAGACAUCUCUGGGUCCAGCCCAUUCACAGGAUGGAGAUGGCAAACAAGACGUGUUAAAUUUACUAAGUGAAGGUAAAGAAGACACUCCCUCAUUACUUGGUCUCUGUGGCUCUCUGACCUCAGUAGCAAGUUAUAAAUCUCUAACAAGCCUGAAAUCAAGUGACUGCCUUGCAAGUCCCACCACAGAGAUGACCAGUCCAGGCUUAACUCCAUCUUGAAAGGAGAAUGUGAUGGCCACCAGAUAAGAUCUCUUAUGUUGCAUACAUUCAGUCUACAUUCCAUGAGUUUGACUGCUGGGAAGACAUUAGUCUUAAGCAAAUAGUGAUAUGCUUUUUAAAGAUUUCAUUUAUAUUCUCUUAUUUAGAAACCAGUUCAUAUACUCUUAAUGAAGAAUAUCUUAAACUGAUUUUUCUUGUUUUCAGUUUCUCCGAUAAAUGUGCAAUUUUUAAAGGUGAAUUGAUAAAGAUUUUAACAAAAAUUUAAACCAGAUAGCUCCCCAAAUAAUUCAAAAUGCACAUACUAUUCAAGUGAUUUUUCACAUAUUUAUUUAAAUAUUUUUAGCUACUAAGACCUGAGUUCACGGGAUUUAAACAAAGCAUUUUCAUGUAUUGAUGCAGAUGGCAUCGUGAAGAAGAAAUGAUACCCAAAGAGGGCCCAGACAAGGCAGUUGUAUGCCUUAGACAAGGUCUGAAUGAAAAUUCUGUGCCCGGUGUUACUGUCCACUGGAGACACUGAGAUACUGUUGCCUCCAUGUAACACAUACAUCUUUGCAUACCACCAAAUCUAUUCCUACAUGGCAUGGAAAGUAAAACUUUUCUGGCAGCGUUUUUUUUUAAAUGGUAUUCCUUACCCUGGCCCCCCAUGACCCAGUGUCAUUAGGUAACUCUUACUUGCCUUUCCACAGUCUAGGCUUUGCUUCACAAUUUCAGGUUUUCAUUGAGCUCCUGCUGUAAUCCAAUGCUUAGAUGUCUUGUAAUACAUGAUAGCGAUUGUCAGAACUGUUCAGAUUUUGAAGAAGCUUAUUCAAUUAAUUUGAAAAUGCUUUUCAGUUUUUAACAUUUACCAGUUGAUAAUGACAUUCCACUUUACCUUUUGUAAAUUUUAUAGACAUUUAUCUUUUUAGACAGUUGAUAAUGUAUUUCAUAAGGUCCAUGAAAAAGAGAUUUAUAAUAACCUAGAUGCACUUUAGUGAAAUGAUUAACUAAAUUCCUUGGCCAGGUUUCCCUGUAAUUUUCUAAAAACCUAGAUGGUAAGUUGCCAUGUAUGUGGAGAUAUACACACACACAUACACAUACACACACACACACACACACACACUUCAAAAGAAAAACUAUGUAAAAAUAUGGAGAAAAUAAUAAAAAAUUAGAAACAAUUUGGAUGGCUUAAAUUUAAACAUGUGUGGUAAAAUCAUAUAUAUCACACUAAAGCUUUUUCUCUCCAAUAUGAAAAAGCAAUAAAGUAUAUUUUUCCAGGCUUUAUAAUUAAUCACAGUCCAUUAAAAACAAAAUUAUUAAUAAAAGUUUGCUCCAUAUUUCAAAUGAUAAUACUAACCUACUACGUGACAUUGGACAAAUCAUUUGACCUGAGAAUCAAUAUUCUCAUCUAUAAAAUGAGUUUAGACUAAAUCUUCUAAUACCUGAUAAUGAACUUUCACAUUUUGGUGUGUAAAGGGUGGGGAACUUAUUCUAAAUAAGGCAUGCAUUAUCUUUCUACGCUUCAGAUUCCAUAGCUGCAAAUAAUCAUCUAUUUAUAAAUCCCACUAUACUAAUUUAGAAUAAAAAAUAGAUGAUUUACUUUCUAUAGCUAAUUUGUUUUGGAGGGGAGGGGGAGCACAGUCUAUAUUUUGUUGUGCCAAAGAAGUUUUUUAAAUUGUUUACAUGAAGUUACUGCAAUACAACUGGAGCCUUCAUAUCUUUGUUUUGAGAUAGUAUUGUUUGCGAUGGAUAGGACUGAUUUAUGUUUUAAAAUACUGAAUAACGUAGGUCUUUUAAGUACUUGGCACUACUUAUUUACUUUAUUUCCAUGAAGAAAUAGUUGGCAUAAUAGAAAUUUAACCUAGUUAUUCUUUGGAAUAGAAAUUAAAUGAAUGUGGGAAUUUAUUGAAUUACUUACAUGUUUCCUGGCCACUCUAAUAAUUUACACUAAAAAUAAAUACUAGUACUUGUAGGUGGAAUAAGUAGGCUUAAGUUGUAUGAUUUCAGGGAAAAAAGAAAUCCUGAUAAUAAAAAAUGUUUAUCCUCUCCCAUCUCCCUUAUUAUGAUAGCUUAUAAUUUAAACUACCUUGAUACAAAGGAUUUAAGAGCAGAUUUUGAUUACAGUCAUAGGGGCAACGCAAUCAAAUGCCUGCCGACUUAAUUUUUGCCUUGGUCCUGGAUUAAUAGUGCUACUUUCACAAGAUCUGCCACUGAAAAUGGCAUCAUUUAUUGUAACUAUCAACCUACCUUUAUGACAUCCUAUUUUUAAGUUAUUUAUUAAAUAACUAAUUUGCAUCCAUUUUUAGCAUACAGGAAAGAGGUGGAAUCUUUAAAGUGUUCAGAUUUUAUUUAACAGAUACUUUGUGCAUUCUUACAUUUUACUGUGUGCAGAAUUAAACAUUUUUCUCAGCCCAUUGUAUCAAAGACACAAUUACAAUUUUUUACUUCUGUCAUGCUCCCUUUCUUGGAGCUCUUGGAGUAAAGUUCAUUUGCUCUUGUGGAAUUUCAGCUUUCUACACAGGUCAUUUCAUAAUAGUCAUAGAAUUUAUAGAUGUCUGUGCAUGAGAAAACUGAUUGUAUGUCUCAAGCCUCAGUUCUAAAUGGCAAUGUUCAUUGUUCAGGAAAAAAAUAUCAUGAAUGUUGAAUUAAUGCCAAAACUUGUAUGGUGUAUUUUGUUGCCUUGAUAUAUAUUUGUUGCAUGUAAAUUAAACAUUUUAUAGCCAUCAA